GUGAAUGCUCUAGUGCCGGGAGCAGCUGUGGAUUGGGAUCAAUGGGCUCCAGAAAAUGCACUUGAAAAUACGCAGAGAGCCAUGAAGAUCGCUCAAGAAAGGCUUGGUGUAGAACCAGUGAGUCGAUCGAUUACUUUGAAGUUCACAAAACUCAUUCGUUUGCUGUUGUGUGUAAGUGCUGGCUCGAAAAUGUUGAACGUAUGA